AUGAUCGUCACGGGCCCCACUGUCAGGAGGGUCUUUCUAUACUCCUCAAUAUUGGAGACUGUCAGUUACAAGAGAGGAUUACACCUGUCGAGAAGCGUUUUGAGCGAGAAUCGUUUAAAUUCAGUUCCACCAGAUCGUACCAGAAAUAUAGGAAUAAUUGCCCAUAUUGAUGCAGGUAAGACAACUACAACAGAAAGAAUGCUUUUUUAUAGUGGAAAGACUCGUAGAAUUGGAAAUGUGGAUGAAGGAGAUACAGUGACGGAUUACUUACCAUCAGAGAGAGAAAGAGGCAUCACUAUUCAACUGGCAGCUAUCACGAUUCCUUGGAAUAAAAACAAAAUUAACAUUAUAGAUACCCCAGGACAUGCUGACUUUACAUUUGAAGUUACAAGAUCUUUGAGAGUUUUGGAUAGCUGUGUGACUAUAUUGGAUGCUGUUGCGGGUGUAGAAGCACAGACAGAGAAAGUUUGGAAACAAGCGCAGUCAUUAGGGAUUCCUAAGAUUGCGUAUGUGAAUAAGAUGGAUAGAGAUGGUGCUGGAUUUAGUAGGACCGUGAAAGAGAUUAUCCAAAAGUUGCAAACUCGAGUUGUUCUUUGUAAUAUCCCGUACUGGGAGACUCCUGCAAAUGAUAUACCCAUUUUCAAAGGCGUUCUAGAUGUAUUAAAUAUAAAACUUUUAAAAUGGAAUUCGGAAUCAAAUUCUAAUGGAACUGAUAUUAGUGUUACUGAUAUAGAAAAAGAGAAGGAUACGUAUCCAGAAUUGUACGAAAUGGUUAGUAAGAGUCGUGAAUCAAUGGUUGAAACCUUAGGUGAGUUUGACGAAACUAUUAUAGAUUCAUUUUUGGAAAACGAUGAAGACUAUAUGAAAAUUCCCGCAUCGGUUUUAAAUUCUGCUAUCAAAAAGGGUACAAUCGCUAAUUAUGUUACUCCUGUAUUUUGUGGUUCAUCCUUCAAGAAUAUAGGCGUUCAGCCUCUUAUGGAUGCAGUCGUGAACUUCUUGCCUUCUCCUUUAGAAACUAAAAUUCCUGAAAUUAGCUCCAGUGCUCCAAAAGCUUUGGCUAAGAUGAAAGGAAAGAAUCGCAAAAAGAAGGUAAGCUCAGAGUCUACUGAGGUACCUUUAUCUAUGGAUCCAAAGCGUGGAUUAGUCAUUAAUAAAAACCCAAAUUUGACAACAGCGUUGGCUUUCAAGGUCAUAACUCAUCCGACUCGGGGUGUCAUGACUUUUUUUAGGGUUUACAGUGGUAAAUUAACAUCCAAUACAACAGUCAUGAAUACUCGUACUGGAAAGAAACUCAAUCUUAGAAAGUUGCUAUUGAUGCACGGUGAUGAACCAGAAGUUGUACCCCUGAUUAGUGCAGGUAAUAUAGGAGUUAUUUCCGGUACCGAUGAUGAUAUUAUUACUGGUGAUACUAUUGUAUCCCAUGGUCCGGUGAACAAGCCAUUUAAUGAUUUAGAGAGCAGCUUGAAGAUGUUACCAAUUGAAAUACCACCCCCACUUUUUAAUUCCUCAAUUGAACCAUUGACCGCAGGUGAUACGAGACAUAUGAAUAGUUGUAUACAGAUACUAUUGAGAGAAGAUCCUUCGUUGAAGGUGAGUGUUGAUGAAGAUCUUGGUCAAAUCAUUUUGAGUGGAAUGGGUGAAUUACACUUAGAAAUCAUUAAGGAACGGUUAGUUAAAGAUAUGAAGGCUAACGCUAGAUUAAGAGAUGUUGCUGUUUCAUAUAAGGAAACAUUGGCGAAACCAAAUUAUCAACUGGUUAUGCAAACAACAGGUGAUAAUGGAUGUGUCUCAGUAGAGAUCUCAAUGGAUUCUUUCGAAGGGCCAGCCGAAGAAUCCAGUUUUGCGGAAGAGGAUGGUGCAAUCGUUCUAGAACAUGAAAAUAAUAUCAUUAUUUUGGAACCUGCUGCUACCCCGGAUUACAUGCAAGCUGCAAUUGACGAAAGACGCUGGAAAUCAGAGCAUUCUUUGGAGGAUCUUCAAGAAAGCUUAGUCCACGGAUGCAUCACUGCCUUGCAGCUAGGCGGACCUGUAUUUGGAUUUGCUUUACAUUCCACUGUCAUCCGGAUCAAAAACUGGCACUUCCCCGUUGAUUCAAAAGACUAUAAUUCAUCCUCAUUAUUGGAUGUCAGCAGAAGAGCAGUCACAAAGAAUAUAAAGGAUCUCGGAGAAUCAGAUAAGGAUUUGUUCAGCCUUUUAGAACCUAUUAUGCGAACAAAAGUGUACAUUAAUUCUGACUCACUUGGAGAGGUUGUUCACGACUUGACUCAUAGAUGCCAGGCUACUAUUACUUCCAUUGAUGACGAAUCCGAAAACAUGGAUGCUUUGAACUGGGCAAAUGAGGAAUCAGAAAGAGUGUAUGUACCACCUGAUUACACCAUGAAGAAUUCAAAUAAUCUUCAGGUCGAAUUGAGAAAUAAGAAGGUAAUUAUUGCUGAAACACCUUUGAGAGAAAUGAUUGGCUACUUAUCUCGCCUAAGAUCAAUCACUCAAGGUAGAGGGGUGUUUGAUAUGAGCUAUCUUGGUAUGAAAAGAGUAAUUAAGUCAAGAUUGGCUAGCAUAUCCAAUGAAUUUAAUUUCAUGUAA